GCGGAACGCACAAUAUUUACCGUUAUGAUUACCAAGAUAACAGUAGAAAUGCGUGGCGCUUAUGAAUAAGAGCAGAGUAAUAGAGAACAGGCCGUAUUUGCGGCUGUUGAGAUAAAGAAUCUGCCUACCAUCUUCGGCUUUAGGCUACGUUGAUCAUUGAGGAUGGCCUGGAUAUGGAAGAGGAAGUCGGUGAUGGCGACGGGCCUGAUCGUGGUGGUGUCUCUCUUCGUGGUGCUGGUGAACUACUCGGAGAAGCCCUAUGACCUGCUGCAGCCCGUGUUCGGACAGAGUUUCAGCGGCCACUGGAUGUUUUCGCGGCAGCCCACCAAGACGUACAAACCCCACCCAGGCUACGUCAGCGUCCCCAAGCAGGAGCCGCUGAAGCUGCACUGUGACGUGUGCAGCGUGGUGUCCAGCUCGGGCCAGAUGCUGGGCCAGCAGGCGGGGCCCGAGAUCGACCGCUCGUCCUGCAUCUGGCGCAUGAACAACGCGCCGACACGGGGCUUCGAGCGCGACGUGGGCCGCCGCACCACCCUGCGCGUGGUCUCGCACACCAGCGUGCCGCUGCUGCUGCAGAAGCCGCAGCACUUCUUCGGCCAGGCCAACGACACCGUCUACGUGGUGUGGGGCCCGCUGCGCAACAUGCGCAAGGACGGCAAGGGCAUCGUGUACAACAUGCUGAAGCAGGCGGCCGACAACUACCCGCGGGCGCGCAUCUACGUCACCACCGAGGAGCGCAUGAACUACUGCGACAUGGUCUUCAAGAAGGAGACGGGCAAAGACCGCAUACAGUCGGGGUCCUACCUCAGCACGGGCUGGUUCACCCUCAUCCUGGCCAUGGACAUGUGCAAAGAGAUCCGCGUGUACGGCAUGAUCAACGACACAUACUGCAAGACGGAGGGCUACCGGAGGGUUCCGUACCACUACUACGAGGCCGGGAGCCGGGACGAGUGCGCCGAGUACCUGCUCCACGAGAGCGCGCCGUACGGCGGUCACCGCUUCAUCACCGAGAAGGCCGUCUUCGCCAAGUGGGCCAAGAUGCACGCCAUCAAGUUCUUCAACCCAGAGUGGCAGCUCUCAUGACACACCCACCAUCACACACGCGCCGCAUCGCGCGUGCACACACACACACUCAUACGCACGCACACACACAUAUAUACAUACUGUACACACACACACACCAAUACUACCACCACUUUGUGACUAGGCACAGAGCUCUCUGAGCUGUGAGGGACAACGUAGCACUCGAAAGGACCUCUCCUAUCUGCACGCACCUUAGAGAGAGGACACAUUGGACACGCAAGUGCAGGACGUCCUGUGUGUGAGGCUCUCCGAGCCCCCUCUGCUGUGAAGAGUGUGUGAGGAGGAUCCAGUCCCCUUUUUCAAGGUCAGGACCCGACUGUAACCGUUUGAGGUUGGAAGCAGUGUAUUGGUCUCUCUCUCUCUCUCUUUCCAAUAGACAAUCAAGCGCCAUUGUUUGGACCGGUGCACUCACGUGAACAAAUCAUGCUGGCUGACGCCGUGCGGUGUGCUAAAGUGAGGUGGUAACCUUGUGAAUGUUUGUAUUCCUACACUGUCCAGCUGUCGAUUUCUGCACCAGAGCAGCCACGGGAAGGUCAUUCAAGCAAAGGCCAUCGUGCUGCAAGAGCUGCUGCUUGACAUUCACAAGAUGACGAGGAAGUGCAAUCAUAAAUCAUAGAUUUUUUUUUCUCUCACUCUUUCUUUUUCUUUAUUUCCCUCUCUCCACUCUGUCUUUCUUUUUCACAAGAAAAAAAGCUGAAUUUUUGAAUCUCCAUGUGAUGCACUACCAAUUCGUAGAAAUAUGAAAUAUUUUGGGCUACAGUCAGUGUUUUUUUAGCUGAACAGACUGUUUCUCACCAAGGCUUUUUCCUGCAGUGAUCAAGGCAUCACACGGAUCAAAAGUUUAAUAUUCUUUGUGUGUGGAUGAAAUCCUUCAUCACCCUUCCCUUGCCCAAGACCUCUAUACACAUUCACACGCACACACACACACACACACGCACACACGCACACACACCAAAACUCAUUCAGUCUUUUGGCAAGAAAGACAUGGGAAUGUCAGAAUCUGUUUGCCCUGAAAGCAAGCAUGAAAUCUCAUAUGAAAUUUAUCAUUCAAGAACCCACAUCUGCAAUCCAGUGCCACGUGAGCGACCUGCAAGACUUGCCGUUCCGUCCCUUCAAAAUGCCCACAAUGAUUAAAAAUAUAGCGAUUGAUUUAUUUGGGCCCAGAACAAUAUUUGCUUGAUGCUACCGUGCCGUCCCACCCCCACCCCACCCACACCCCACUCUACAUUAAUCAUCACCCAGCACACACACACUUCACAGCAAUAUGUCACAACACAUUAGAGCCCUCUCGUCCAAGUGCCGUGUCUUUGACAUUAAUAGCAUUAACAGCAUGGGGUCAAGUGCUGCAAGCUGCAUGUCCCGGCUUCCAUUAGCCCGGGCGGAACACCAGUAUCACUGGCGCGACCCUCCUGUGCCAUGCUGAGCCGAGCCGUGGUGUGCCAUGGUGUGCCAUGGUGUGCCACCGUGUUGUGUCAUGUGGUGUGGUGUGGUGUGGGCUGCCAUGGUGUGGGCUCCUCUAUCUAAAUAGAAGUGUGUGCCUGACGUGAUGACAUGGCAGCCACUGCAGAGUGGAACACAGUCGUGCAGGGCAGUUCCCCUCCCCACCCUCCCCGGACUAUCACCAUCAGCCAUCUCUUUGAGCCUCGCCUUUGUGUCUGUGUCUGUGUGCGCCAGUCCUCAGCCCUUCCCUUCUACUGUCUAGUCUCCUUCCUUGUUCCUCCGCUCUUUUGUCCUCGGCUUUUCUUGGCUUUUGGUUAUCAAGGAGUGUGUUUCUGAGAAUAGGCCCAUAAUGCCAACUGUCCACUAAAUGUGCUGACCAGACUAGUGUUCCAUGUGAUUGUUCUAAGCUCCAAAGUUCCAUAGUUCAGCUCAAGCUCCCUCUGAAUCUACUGUCAUUCUCACUCAUUGGGCUAAUUAUGUGGGCGAGAAUGAAAAAAGACAGAGUAACUAAAUGUCCAGUUGGCAAAAGUUGGAAAUCACUUUUUAUUCUGGGCCAUUUGUGCCUUUAAAUGUAUUUGAUCUGCUUUAAUCUGCACAAAAAGUAUCCAGAAAUUGAAAAAAGAAUAUUGCUCCUCCUUACUGCAUUGCAUUCUCAGUUUUUGCCUGGUUGUCACAUCUCCCCUGGACCCAUGCUUAAACUAAUCAGUAAAUAGGGGAGGGUGGGACACAUCAGGCUUACUCCCUGCUACCCUCCCCACCCACCCACCCACCCAUCCGCGGCUACAGUCUGGGCCCCAGGAUGGCGCUCCGAGGAGCGGCCGAGGCGGGCACGGCCCAGAAGGUGCUCGCGGCCACACGGCAUGAUUAAUCAUUUCUGGAGCUCUCGGAGCGGAGCCGCCGCACAGCCAGCAGAUGAGGCAGAGCAGCCGGGGCUUCCCUGCUGGGCGGCCAGACUCAUCUGCACACGCUCCGCAUCUCAUUUUCUCCUCUCUCUCCUCCUCUCCUCUCCUCUCCUCUCCUCUCCUCUCCUCUCCUCUCCUCUCUUCUCCUCUCCUCUCUUCUCCUGUCCUCUCCUCUCCUCUCCUCUCUCUCCUCCUCUCCUCUCCUCUCCUCUCUCCUCUCCUCUCUCUCUCCUCUCCUCACCUGUCUCUCUCCUCUUCGGUCUUCUCCUGUCCUCUCCUCUCCUCUCUUCUCCUCUCCUCUUCUCUCCUCUUCUCUCCUCCUGUCCUCUCCUCUGCUCUCCUCUCCUCUUUUUCUCCUCUGCUCUGCUCUCUCUCCUCUCUCUUCUCUCUCGCCUCUUCUCUCUCCCCUCUCCUGUCCUCCAACAGCUGUCCACCUGUCUGGUGCACAUACUCUGCAUUCACAGAAGAAGAAAAAGAGCAAAAGAGGGGUUCAUUAGAAGUCUGGAUACAGGAGAGGAACGCUAAAGGGCAGCUUUGGUGGGCUUUUUUUCAACCCAUUCCUUAUUCAGCUCCAAUUCGACUAAUUUAUAAAGAAUCAUUAACCAAUGGAUGUACUUGAAGAGUGAUUUCCAGCUAUUUAUAUUCAAGGACAAACUCUUAUAAUAUAUGAGAAUAUCAAAAUUCCCCCAGAAAACGUUCUUGUUAUUCAAUAAUAGUCCAAAGCUCCUGACCCGGUAACAAUGAACAGUACACCUUUUACGGUGAUCCAAAAAAACCUGAAUUUGUGACAACAGACAUGAUUUGCUCCAUGAACCGUUUUCUUAUCUGUUAGUGCAAGGCACUCUCUGUUCCUCUCUCUGACCCCCCACUCUCUCUCUCUCUCUCUCUCUCUCUCUCUCUCUCUCUCUCUCUCUCUCUCUCUCUCUCUCACUCUUAUAUAUACUGUACAGUACACAGAGAGAGAGAGAGAGACGGAAGUCUUGUUGUGCGGACUGUGUAAAUAGGUUUUUGAGCAGCCUGUGAUUGUGACUGUUUGGCAGCUCACUUGGUUCUCUCUGAUUGCAAUAAAACGAGUACUCUACCACCACCACCACCACCACGGCUACCGUCCCCUCCACCACCCUUCCCUCCACCACCCUUCCCUUCCCUUCCCUUCCCUUUCCUUCCCUUCCCUGCGCUGUGAGCAGGUGUGCAGCAGCCCCUCAGCAGUUCCCCCCUCCACCCCAGCCCAAGCUGAGCCAGGGCCCCAGGGCCCCUGGGCAGGGAAGACAGACGUUUGGUAAAGCCAACAGGGCAGUGGGAGAGUGGCCGCGUCAAAGGGGAGGCUGAGUGCAACAGCGCCCCCUCUUUGGCUCCAUGACGUGUCGCGGCCAUGGGAACGAGCGAGCUUUAGGGUCUUGUGCUUCGGGAAACCUGCUGUGAACCAGCGGCAUUGCCCCUGCGUUGUUUUCCCGGAACGUUAUUUUUUUUUUGCGGAGACGGGACACCGCAGGUUCAGAAAGCGCACACACUGCAGGAAUUCUGUGCGAAAAAACCAUCUGGCCCUGCUAAUUGGCACAGUUCUUCAGCCAGGCGGUGUAGCUAAUGAGUGAAAUCAGAUGGCUAAGCGCAUGGAUGGAGCCGCUAAAGGGGAAAAAGCAUGGAGGCACUGCUGCAUUCUGCACUGGGUCGAUCCCACCGCUGUGUCCACCCUCAACUGGGACGUGGUCAUCAGGCAGCUCUGGAAGCUUCCAUCAGGACAGCUCCUGAGCGAUAUGUCAAAACAGCCUGCCACUACACUUUUCCUCACAGAUACUCACUGAUAUUGUCAGUGGUAUGCCUUUUUUUUUAUCACACACACACACACACAUACGUUUGUAGCAUUGUUGGUUGGGCCACCAGCCAAGCCAAGAGAAAUAGGCUAUGAAUUUAACAUUUCUGUCUUUGCAUUUCUUUUCCCUCUUUCUUUCUUUUGUUUCUGUCCUUUUUGCUCGAUAGAAAUGCAGUUUUCUUACCGUGCCCAGACAUGGAUGACUGACCUCUAAUUCAGAGGCGACAGUUAUGAUUUUCCCUUACCAGACUCAAGUGCAUUUUAUUCCUCUUCGAAGGGUGCAAGGCUUAGACUCAAGCACUUUUAUUUCAUUCAUAAGUGUCCUUUUUCUCUUUGUUUGUUUGUUCUAGAAUAUUUAUGAAUCAGUCUUCAGUUAACAAUCACCUAUUAACUAUUCUGGCAUUCACAAUAAUAAAACAAUGUCAUUCAAGGUUAUAGUAUUUCCAGUAUAUAUCAUUCUUUCCCAUGCCUGUUCAAUGGGGAGAAUGGCACAUCACGUUCAUGUCAGUAUGAAAAGAUCUGAAGUCUCGUAUAGACAUUUUGCCUUUGGCUUUAAUGUAAGCAACAGGAUUACUGAAUAUCUCAGUAAAUUAUUUGGUCGAGUUUGAUGAGCAAGCUGUAUAAAGAAGUGAACUGUAUUUUUAAUGGACUUUUAGGUCUUUACAUUCUUAUCCCCUUGGGUGUCCUAAAUAUUAUAUUGGUGAUGAUGUUAAUUCUUGAGGAUUUCUUUUUUAUAUUCUUCAUUUUUAUGGCUACUAUGAAACGGUGGCAUUUUCACAAGUUCAUGAAAAUGAUCAAAUGUGCAUUUAAUUAUUUCAUUAAUAUCCUUGAGGAUAAAACUAUACUGCUCCCAUCUCACAGAUGAUCGAUGUGUAGAAGACUUUGAUGAAAAUUCUUUUGUUUACUGUAGACUAAAAUGGUGAUAGCGAUUUCAUGUUUGCCUUACUGUUGAAAACCAGUCAUCUUGUUUUUAUUUUCUUUUUUUUAAAGGUGGAGUGUAUGGUCAUUGUUGUCCUUUGCUUUUCCAACUUUAAAAACAUGCCUAAAACAAGGGGGAUAGCAUGAGCACACUGAAAAACACUGUGUAACUUGUGUCAUCCCAAUGCGUUUAUCUGUGACCACGUUCUGCUCCUUUAGAUUCUAGUGUACGACACAUGCUAUUUCAGUGUGUUGGGCAUCAUCUAAGGCUGUGCGGUGUUGACGCGCUCUUUUAUAGAACCUCACAGAAAUAGUCCAACAUCUGCUUCAUCCUCACCCAGCAUUACCCCUCUCUUCUGCAAUCAGGCUCCCAGUGUUUACAUGCAGACAGAGAGUCUCGCCACACGUCCACAAUCCACCUCCACAUCAGCUAUUCUGUUUGGGACAAUCCCCUGCUCUAAAUAAAUGCCUGUAUGGUGUUGGAGGUUGAAAGGUCUGCAUUGCAAUUAGCUUAGUGUGGACGAGCGGGGAAUGUUCAAUGUUGAAUUAAGUCUCUAAUGAAGCGUAUCCGAAGAAAAGGCCCAGAGACAGAGGCGUAUACGUAAGGCUGAGGAGUGAAGAAAGCUGCACUAAAUUGAAUAGAUUUUCUGUAUGUUCUUGAUUGCAUGUGUCCAAUGUUUGAUAAUGAUGCCUCUAUUGUAUUUUCUUUUUCUUUUUUUUUUCUUUGUGUCCAUGGUUCCAUCCAUUUUUUUGUGUCCAGGGAGCGUGGGUGUAUUUGAGAGAGACUCUGUGAUCGAUGGCUUUGUGGCGAUUUUCCCAUCACUUCUCAUUUAAGUGCAAAUGAACCAUUGGACAGCCAAGGGAAAUGGGCUUUGUUAAAUGUUCAGUUCGCCUUACCUUGGACAUAUCUUCCCUUUCAAACAAACAUAACCCUUCAGUCCUUCAUUCUCUGAAUUUAUAUUGUGUUUUUUUUUCUUUUCUUUCUGUGAAGCGUCCUCGUCCACAAUUUUAAGUCUUACAGAAUGUCGAUUUGCCACUCUCUUGUGUUACUGUGUGGACGCGUGUGGUUUUAUUUUAGUGGCUCCCCUCAUUAUGAGAGACACAUUUCAGCUGGAAGGUUCUAGUGUCCCUCUGCCCUGAACAGAACAGAUGGUUCUACCAUAUGUACUUAAGUGCCACCUAGGCCUUUGGACUGAGCUGUAGUAAACAUAGACAGAUAAACAGAGCAGUGCAUUUCUGGGCCAGUAAGAAAGAGAGGACGUGUCCAAAUUUUGUCAAAGGACAAAGUUACCGAGCAUCUGUUCUCCUUGUGGACCCACGCGACUCUCUGAAGCACAAUAAAGUGUUAAAAUAUUUUGCCAAUGUUUUGCCAUGUUUCUUUUUCCCUAUCUCUGACAUAUCUUUUGAAGGAAUCUUGUGUUAUGUUUGGAUCAUUUGAUGUCAUUGAGGUUAUUGUAUUGUGUUCCGUAUGUACUGUCAGAAAGUUGUCUGCUGCUUCUGCUGAAGCUGAUUUCAGUGUUUCUGUCUGUCAUUUUAAUUUUUUUAUUUUUUAUUUUUUGUGUGUGUUACACUUUUUUGUGUUUCGUGCCCUCAGUAAUUGUACCACAUGCAUUUUUGUACUCUCUGUCAGCCUAAUGUUCACAAUGAAUAAAUGAUAAUAAAUUGUU